AUGGCCUGCAUCGGUGCUGAGAUUGCCCGCGUGGACGUCGACGCUCUGUUCGCGAGCUGCUGGGAGCAGAAUGACUCCCUCACUCGCCUCGUUUGCAGCAUGAUCGCAGCUCCAUGCCUGGCUGUCUCCAGUUGGAUCAGGCCGUGCGAGCAAGCAGCAGCGGAGGUGAAGUCGGUUCCUGCUCUUCCUGUUGUCACUCUUUUGGAAGAGGCUGCAUCAACAGAUGCAGAACUGGAAGCCGUGACUGUGGAAGCUUCAACUGUGACUGCUGCCGUUUUGACUGAAGCUGAGGAAGCUGAGGAGGCAGAGGAGGCUGAGGAAGCGGAGGGACCGAAGGAGCUGAAGAAGAAAGCCACUUCGUUCCUGGAGCUGCUUGCUCAAGAUGACUCAAUUCCGUCACGUACCUCCUCAGUUGACUCAGUUGCUAAGAUUACUGCCUCCUCAGCUAAGGUCGCGGCCUGGUUGGGUGUGAAAACCGGAUCAGAGGCGCAGCAGAGUGGGAAGGUGGAAGCAGAGGCGAGCAGCGGGUGGUGCAGCUUAAUUCGCAGUGAGAGCAGCUGCAGCAGCCGCAGUGCUUGUCUCAUCCACCUCACCUCGGACUCCUCCUACUCCUCCUUCUCCUCCGCUCACAGCCUCUGCAGCAGCCCCACUGGCUUGACGGCGGAGGUUGCUGGUGUGAAGAGGGGGAUUGGCCAAGGCGAUUCUAGCAUUAAGAAGGGACGCUCUCUGUUCACUGCUGAUCAUUUCGGUUUGAAGCCCACUGGCUUCAAUGAGCUCUUGGCAGCUGAGGAAAACUCACUGAAGAGAAGGGUCGGUGAAGGCCUUAGCAGCAGUGGAAAUGGAUGGAGCAUGGAGGUGAAGGGGUUUGGGAAGGCGGAGGAGGGAUGGUUUGUCUCGAACCAGUUGUUUGGGUGUGAUGAUGGGGAGGAAGAGGAGGAAGAGGAUGGCAGUAGCAAGCAAAGUUUCAGGACCCUUGGGACUAGAACAAUGUGCUACAUGAAUCAGCUGUAUAUGGAUGAGGAAGAGGAGGAGGAGAGGGAGGCGCUUGCAGCGUCAGGCAUCUCCCUUGGCAUCGGCAGGUUUGGAGCCAGGCGGAGGAUAACCGGCUCUAGCAGCCGGGUCACUCUCAGGAGAAUCAGUGGUGCCCUGAGGCAGUACUAG